AUGGCUAGGAAUGGGAAAGUUCAUCCGGUGAUCUCGGCAAACAACGACCAAGAUUACCGUCGUGAGUGCGUGGAGUUGAAAGGGAUGAAUCAUGUAACGAAGUCGAGGAAAAGAACUUCGACAGCUUCAAGUGAAAACUGGCAGAAAGUUUCCAAAGAGGUCAUGGCAUUUUCGCGGUGGAAAGGUUACACACGCUCUAUGAGAUCACUGGCUGGGGAGAAAAACUCUUCCGCAUUGAAUAAUAACAAUCGAGCUACGCGAGUUUACUCGAGAUCAAGUUCGUACAAGGAAAGAGAAAUGAACUGUGUAUUGGAUAGUGAUGUCGAGGAUUUAGGAAAUGAGCGACUUUCCAUGUAUGAUACAAAUGCUUAUAUGAAACCAAUGCCUGCUGUAAAUCAAGGCGAACCCACACAUCCUUCGAUCGCAGCCAGCAGAGCAUUGAUCAUCUACUUCGCCAAACUGGCCAAGCAAAGCAUUGAGACGGAACAAGAGCUUGAUUUUGAGUUUAUAGAAGGACUGCUUGGUGAAGGAGCUGACAUAAACUUUACUGAUAGGCACGGACAGAGUGUUAUGCAUGAAGUUGCUCGAAUCUGGCACGUGGAUGUUGCCAGGUUUGUUUUGGAAAAUGGUGGAGACGUAAACAAAACAGACGAGUUUGGACGGACGCCACUACAUAUUGCUGCAUCAAUUGAUUAUCCUGAGAUGGUAGAGUUUCUAGUUACCAGCAAAGCUGAUCUGCAUGCCAUCACAUUUGGAGAGUUACAAACACCCACUCACUAUGCUGCUAAAAAUGAUGCAUCUAAAGCACUGAGAAUGCUUCUUAAGCUGGGAGGCAGGAUGGAUGAUACAGACUACAAAAGACGCACUCCUCUGCUUGUAGCAGCUGAGUUAGAUCGAUCAGAAACAGCCAAAUAUUUAAUAGAUCAAGGCGCAGCUGCUGGUGUUCAAGACAGUGCAGGCAGCUCAGUUAUGUCUUUCAUGAUCUCCAAAAUGCCUCCUGUCGCAAAAGAAGCCUUGGAUCAGUUUCACACAACAGACCGGGGUAACCGCCGGCAGUACUUCUACCUGAAUCAUCUGGAACCUUAUCUGCCGAACGAAAACGGUGCAUACGUUUCUUGCGCUAGAUCACCGCUUCACUGUGUGGUAUAUUACAAACAAAUGGAACUUAUAAUGCACCCAGUUUUCAAACGGCUUCUUGAUGUAAAGUGGGACCAAUUUGGCUGGCGUGGAACAAUAAAGAACAUUUUUGUGCACGCGUUUUUCGUGUUAAUAUGGACAGCGCUAGGUGUGACUCUUCAUUUCGGAGACGAUUCGAUUACGAACUAUUACAAACCUCCCAGAGAUUAUAUAUGGCGAAUUGUUCUGGAGAGUUUAGCUUGUUGCAUGACUCUGUACUUUAUUUGCCUGGAGUUUCAGGAGAUCAGUGCUUCGAAGAAGUCGCACCGAAACUGGAAAAGAUGGAGGAUUGAUGAGCUCGAGAAAGACCUACAGUUUUCUCAUCCGCGUUGGCCAGAAGAGAGAAAGUACCUUGAAAUGGAACGCAACGACAUCUUAGAUUCAGGAAUUUCUUACUUUAAUGACGCUUGGAAUUACUUUGAUUGGGUGACAUACGGCUGGAUUCUGGGAAUAAUUGUGACUCGUAUUUUUGCUGUUGUGUUAGCCAGCGAUGUAGCUCGCUCCCUUCAUCCAAAAGUGUUCGCUAUUGCACUGAUUUUCAUCUGGCUUCGACUGAUGAAAGUUUUCCGCGCUUUCAUUACACUGGGACCGUUCAUUGUUAUGAUCGGACAUAUCAUUGAUGAUACUCUUAAGUUUGGCUUCCUUUAUUUUAUAUUAUAUGUACCUUAUGUCUGUGCGUUUUGGAUGACAUUCGGAGGCGCAGAGAACGCUGCAGUUAUGAGAGCCAACGGGUUGGACGGUGACGGAUGGGAGAACUUUAACGAUCUUAUGUAUUCCGUGUGGCAGUUGACAGUUGUAGGGAAUUACCCCUGGGAUUCCCUGCUUGUGGUAGACCGGUUAAUGGCGCAGAUUCUCUGCGGAACUUACCUAGCAGUGUCAGCUAUUGUGAUGAUAAAUCUUUUCAUUGCGCUGAUGUCGGACACGUUUCAGCGUGUUUAUGACAACGCCAAAGCGAACGCAGCCAUGCAGCGCGCAAGCACCAUACUGACUAUGGAAGAGAAUAUGGGAGACAAGACUCGAGAAAGAUACAGGAGACUGAUUCAUGAGAGAUUCUCUCCUGAGGAAAUGUAUUAUGAUGAUGACUCCACCCAGCCUGGUUCUGGUGAGUUGGAACGAAUGACGCAUCAAAUCAAAGACGUGGUUGAUGAAGUGUUCGAAAUGCUACAACCGCUGAACCGCAACGGAUCAGGAAAGACGGCAGAUAAAAGCACCAAACGAGAGAUUGAACGCUUGCGAUCUGACCUCGCAGAAGUUUCCAACCGACAUGAGCAGACUGUGAAAGAGAUGAGAAACGAAGUGGCAGAGAUGAAAGCUUUGUUGAUUCGUGUUUUGGAGCGAGGUUCAGUACCAUCACUACCAUCUGUCCGAUCUCUUCACGAUCAAACUCAAAUUCCUGAACGCCACUCCCCAAACGAGGCACGAAAUCCUUCGAAAAGGUCAGCGAGUAAUCGUUCGCACCGAAAACGGCAUCGACGGCAGCAUAGCUUUCCGAGUGAUGACGAAGUUGAUCACGGGGAUUACCAAGGAUUGCCACUGACCAAUGACAUUGGAGGCGAUGCGAAUGAGUUGCCUAGUGUGCGGGUGUUGACUACGCGCGCUACAGCUCGUAAACAGCAAAGAGACGAAUAAGAUCACAGCUGAACAAACGAAGUAAAAUAAAGAUAAACCGCACGUUAGCUAAAACUGGAUACACAAAAACAUUAAUAUUAAAAAAUGACAGACAAAUAAGGGGAAAUUCUUACUUAAUCCGAGUUACAGCACAAAUAUGGAAUAGAACCAAGCGAGUGCAGUGUUUGGCCCCGCGGCAUAAAAAUGUCGUACCUCGACAAUCCGGCCUUUUCCAGUUGAGUGUUUCUUCAUAGUUUGUCGUGUAAUUUCGGGAUUGGUUUACUCCGUGUCAAGAGAGAUCCUUUAACUAAAGCUAUGUUAUAUGAAAUAUCCGCUCAACCAAUCGGUUCCGUCGAAAACGCAUUUCGUAACUGAGUUGUCGGUGAAAAGCGACUUGUACGAGAAUGGUCAACAUUUAUGUUAAAACCAAAAUGACAUUUUUUUAACGGAUGUAUAGUUUUGUAAAAGCACGAGAGGCUUUUUAAACAAUGGAUGUAUUUUUAUAAAAUGGAGAGAAAGUUGUCAACUUACUCUAUUUUUCGGUAUCAUAUACAAUAUAUAGUGUGAAGAAUAUAAAAAUAAAUUGCUUAAACUUGAUCAGCA